AUGGCCGCAGAAGUUGGUUGUGGCUGUCUCCUCUUAUCCUGUGAAACUCAGUUACACCACCAUCAGCGACGGCGAGCAAGACGAACCAGAACUCAAAAAACCGCUAGCAAAUUACAGUUCUCAUCCUCACUCUCACCUGUUACUGUCGAAUCUUGCUUCUCUUCUUCUCUCUCCAAAAAUGGUUCCUUUUCCACCCCUUUCGGCGCCAAUAGGUUCAGAGUGUGCUGCCAGGUUGCUGGUGGCACCUACGACCUCGAAUUCUCUGCCAAAGUCGGCCAGGACCGUCUCUCUAAGGUUCCUAUCUCUAAUAUAAGGAAUUUCUGCAUCAUUGCUCAUAUUGACCAUGGGAAAUCAACCUUAGCCGACAAAUUGCUUCAAGUGACUGGUACUGUUCAGCAACGAGAAAUGAAGGAUCAGUUUCUUGAUAAUAUGGAUUUAGAGCGAGAAAGAGGCAUUACAAUUAAGCUGCAGGCUGCUCGAAUGCGUUAUGUGUUUGAAAAUGAACCAUAUUGCUUAAAUCUAAUCGACACCCCAGGGCAUGUUGACUUCUCUUAUGAGGUUUCUCGAUCACUUGCUGCGUGUGAGGGUGCUCUUCUUGUUGUAGAUGCAUCACAGGGAGUUGAAGCACAAACACUAGCUAAUGUUUAUUUAGCCUUGGAAAACAACCUUGAAGUUAUCCCUGUUUUGAAUAAAAUAGAUCUUCCAGGCGCUGAGCCAAAUCGAGUUAUAAAGGAGAUAGAAGAGAUUGUUGGGUUAGAUUGUAGCAAUGCAAUCCUCUGCUCUGCAAAGGAAGGAAUAGGUAUAACUGAUAUUCUCAAUGCAAUUGUUACAAGAAUUCCACCUCCUGCUGAAACAGCUGAAAGGCCAUUGAGGGCUUUAAUUUUUGAUAGUUACUAUGAUCCAUAUAGGGGUGUCAUUGUAUAUUUUCGAGUUGUAGAUGGAACUAUAAAGAAAGGUGACAGAGUUUAUUUUAUGGCUAGUGAGAAGGAUUACUUUGCUGAUGAAGUAGGAGUUCUUUCUCCCAGUCAACUGCAAGUUAAAGAACUGUAUGCGGGUGAGGUGGGCUACCUUUCAGCAUCUAUAAGAACUGUAGCUGAUGCUAGAGUGGGUGACACUAUUACCCACUAUGGCAGACAAGCAGAGAACUCUCUCCCUGGAUAUGAAGAAGCCACUCCGAUGGUGUUUUGUGGUCUAUUUCCUGUUGAUGCAGACCAAUUUCCUGAGCUACGUGAUGCACUUGAGAAACUACAGCUCAAUGAUGCUGCACUGAAGUUUGAACCUGAGACUUCAAGUGCCAUGGGAUUUGGCUUUAGAUGUGGGUUUCUUGGACUUCUCCAUAUGGAAAUUGUUCAGGAAAGACUUGAGAGAGAAUACAAUCUGAGCCUGAUAACUACUGCUCCAAGUGUUGUAUAUAGAGUGAACUGUGUAAAUGGUGAUACUGUUGAAUGCUCAAAUCCUUCUAUACUCCCUGAACCUGGAAAAAGGAAGUCAAUUGAAGAGCCAUUUGUUAAGAUUGAGAUGCUUACACCAAAGGAUUACAUUGGUCCACUUAUGGAAUUGGCUCAAGACAGAAGAGGGCAAUUUAAAGAAAUGAAAUUUAUCACUGAAAAUAGAGCAUCAAUCACCUAUGAAUUACCACUAGCGGAGAUGGUUGGUGACUUCUUUGACCAGUUAAAGUCCAGAAGUAAGGGUUAUGCUAGCAUGGAGUAUAUGUUCAUCGGGUACAGAGAAAGUGACUUACUUAGACUUGACAUACAGAUAAAUGGUGAUCCAGUGGAGCCAUUGGCUACAAUUGUUCACAAAAAUAAGGCAUAUUCAGUAGGACGGGCUUUGACUCAAAAGUUGAAAGAGCUCAUACCACGUCAAAUGUUUAAAGUUCCAAUUCAAGCUUGUAUAGGUUCAAAAGUGAUUGCUAGUGAGGCUUUAUCUGCAAUAAGGAAGGACGUGUUAGCUAAAUGCUAUGGCGGGGACAUUUCAAGAAAAAAGAAAUUACUUAAGAAGCAGGCUGAAGGAAAGAAAAGGAUGAAAGCAAUUGGUAAAGUUGAUGUCCCUCAAGAAGCCUUCAUGGCAGUCUUGAAACUUGAAAAGGAGGUGAUAUGAUAUCAUGACUUGCAACAUAAUCUGACUUGGGAAAUAUGUCAGAAUCUUGGUGUAUCAUAAUCAUUAUUUUGGAAUAAUGAUCCUCAUUAUGUCUGUUUUAAGGGAAACUAGUUGCAUAUAAGAUGCUGAAUUUCGUUUUA